AUGGUUUUCUUUACAGAAAAUGAAGAAAGCAAAAAGCUAAUAUUUGAACAAAAAUUGAUAGAUAGAGGCAAGUUUGAAGAGAUAGAGAGAAAGAAAAAGUCUGAAACACAAGAAGACUCUAAAUUCGACUAUUUGACAUUGUUAGUCAAUACUACUAAAAAGUACGGUAAUAUGAGAAGAGGUGGUGGAGGAGGCAUGGCAUUCAAGCAAAAUCUAAAUAAAAAGAACAUAUCAAGUGCAGGAAUUAAGCAGUUCUCAUCCCCACCUGUAGUUGGUAAGGCUGGAAACAUGCUAGAAAAAUAGAAUAAAGCACUAUAACUUUAGAAUGGUAAUCUAUCUAUUAAUAUUUCUGUUGCACCUAUUUAAACAAGCACUAAUAGCAGUUAGUUAUCAAUUAAUUCUAACUAAUUAAUCCCCAACUAGCCAAACCAGGGUCAGUCUAAUCACUUUAAGAGAAGAACAGUAAACAUAAUUAGUGAAACUAAAAAUCAGAGUGGUCUACUGCCUCCUAUCGGCUAGCAACUCAAAGAUCCCUAACAGAAUAAUUAAAUAGCUAUCAGAACAGUGAGGAAAAGCGAACUAAUUCUUCAGCAAUAAAUUAACAAUCAAGACCUAUAGAACUCGAAUAUUUAAUCCAACUAAAAUCAUCUACAUUAGAGUGGAUUAAUAAAUAUAAGCAAAAGAUCAAUUCAGCAGAAGUAUCAGAUACAGGAGUCAGGUGUAGGUGGCCCGAACAGUCCAACAAUAAGCGUAGGUACAACUUCCUAAACAAUCACUAUUAUCCCCUCUGAAGUUUAAACUAUUCUAAAGAGAAACCAAAUAAAUGUGAACAGCAACUAAUUCAAUACAAACUAAAACACCUAGUUUUCUGGCUUGCAUCAUUCGAACACUGGUGGUGGAGGAAUAACCAGCAAUAAUAAUUAGAAUGGGCCAUAUCAGAACAACUACUUGAGUGCAGUUCAGAAUUAGAAUAUGCAGAACUUAUCAAAGUAAGAUCAGCUUUUAAAUGUGGGGCUGCUUUCAGGUCAGCGUGAUGGCACUAAAAAGAGAGUGAGUAAUGAUGACUUUGAAAAGGCCCUACUGUCAAGUGGUGCACACAAAGCAUUGACAACUUCCACCUCUAAAGUAGCUAAAAGGCAACAACUGAAUAUCCGGCAUUCAGACAGUGCAGAAGAGUAGUGGACGGUAUCAGCCCCAAUAGAACAGUCAGGCUAAUGUGUCACUGCCUACAAAUAAGUUGCAGAGGCGGGUGACUGGGGAUGCAAAAACUCUUUCAACGAUAUCAUCCUCCUAGACGACUCGAAGUUGCAACGAGCUGCUGACCAACAAUCAGGAAACAAUACAUUUGGAAAUAGCAGUGGCAACAAUAACAACGAUAUUGAAAGUGAUGAAAGCGGAGGAAUAGGUCCAGAAGACGAUAUCAUCAACAGCGGAAAUAACAUCAAUAUUUAUGCAUGA